UGAUGAAUGCAGCUAUUUGGUGAGAACAGCGGUGCGGGAGGCGGGCCGUCCUGAUGGGGGCGAGGGAGAAGGGGCGCGGGAGUCGCUGCAGGAGAGUUACCGUAUUUGCGCUGGGCAGCGCAGACUCUAGAGGAGGGAGCCACUGCUGGAGACCGGAGGAGCAAGGGCGCAGCCUGGGCUGUGAGUGCGCGAGGGGGUGCAGAAACUUGGGGGAGGCAAAGGGGCCGUCGCUUUAGACCUUCCCCGUAGUCGGAGGCCUUAGUCAGGGAGGUAGCUGGGGAGAGCCAGGAGGCCGCCCAGAGACAAGGCCAGGCUGAGAUUGGCCAAGGGGACGGUGAUGGUCUGCCUCUGCAAAUGUCAAUGCCGCCGGCUGGGGAAAGCUUUGUGGGUGGGGUCUAUUGCCAGGAGGACGGUCCCCUGCUGGGGGGUGGGAGGCGGUGUGGGUUCCACCCUGGCCUGAGGGUAGGGGGAGACAAAGGGGAUGUCUCUGAGAUCCCACUCUGCAGAUUGAUCGACUGAGGUUGUAGUGAGCAGUGAUUUCUGAAAGUGUGGAGAAGGCCUGCGUGGAGGUCUAGGUCCCUGAUGGGGGUGGAGGACUGCAGGGGAGUGCCAGCUCAGCCAGCUCCGGAGCAGGCCCCAGUGCUCUGCAGGAGCAGGGGCCCUAGGUCUUCUGGGGGGCAUGGAGGUAAUGGCAGCAGACUCUGCCCUGCAGGAGCCAUGGUGCUUUGGGUGUCUAUGCCUCUGCGGUGGUCUUGUGUCUGUGUGCAUGUGCAUUUUGAGGGGCAUUUAGUUGGUGAGCAGCUGCUACAUUGAGAACAGCUUUUGACAGUGAGUCAGGAAACUUAGGGCCCAGUCCUGGCUCACCUUGUGUGACCUUGGGCAAGUAAGCUGACCUCAGUUACCCCAUCUAUACUGGAGGGCUCAGUAAGAACUGCUGCUGCUUCCCCAGGGUUGCUGUGAGGACAAUGGGAAACAAUUUAUAUGAGGAACACCGUGCCCUGGGGAAGAGGAUACUCAGCAGAACCAGCAUGAAUGGGAUGGAGCUGAACUUGGGUGUUUGUUGAGGAUCUGGCCAGGCUUUGGUAUGUUGGGGAUGCCAAGAGGAAUCUAGCUGAGACCAGCCCCUGGGAGUUCACACUCCGUUUCAGUGGCAAGCCUCAUUCUGAUAAACAAAGAGCUGCUGCUUUUAAUGUUUACUUGAGAUUACUUUCAAGUUUACAGGGUUUUUGUUUUGUUUCUUUUCAGCUUUUCAAAAAUGUCUUUGAACCACCGGUGACCCCAUCCUUCCCUCCAAAUUGGGGAUACGUCCCCCCCCCCCCUUGAGAUUCUGGUGGGAGAGUUAAGACCUAUCCAGGCACAAGCUGACUCCCAAUACUAGAAACCUCUUUUAGUUGCCCAACAGGAUAUAGUGAUUGCUUUUGGCAGGUGCGGUGCUUGGUGUUGGGGCUAAAGGAAGGAGACCACUCUGUCCUUAAGGCAUGCCUGGAGGCCCUGGGCACGACCCAGGUGGCAUGCAUUCAGUGUGAUGACUGAGGGCUUGAGGUUGGGCCCCAAGGCUCAGGACGGCUGGAGGAGUCAGGGAAGGCUUUUGGGAGGAGGUGGCACUUGAGAAGGUUGUGAUCAAGUGGUAGAAGAGAAGGGCACUCCGGCAGGGAAGCACUGGCUUGUACAAGACUGAGGGGCAGAUGAAGUUGCGGGAAGUCCCUGCAAUGUCCUCCCUGAGGUUGGGGGCCGGUUGAUCCUCGGACCCCCCGACCCUCCCCUGACUCCUCUCUCUGCUUCUGCCUCCCCAGGGGCUGGUGACUGCGGCUGGAAGCGCCCAUGACAGAGCUGGCGUUCGGGGGCGGGUCCCCUGCGGGGGACGGGGAGGAGGGCCUGGGGGACGAGCGAGGCCUGGUCAUCCACCACCCCGCGGAGGAGCAGCCUCACCGCUGCCCACUGUGCGGCCAGACCUUCUCGCAGCAGCCCAGCCUGGUGCGGCACCAGAAGGCGCACGCCGGGGUGGGCCGCGCGGCCUCCUUCGUGUGCCCCGAGUGCGGCAAGGCCUUCAGCGUCAAGCACAACCUCGAGGUGCACCAGCGCACGCACACCGGCGAGCGGCCCUUCCCCUGCCCGGAGUGCGGCCGCUGCUUCAGCCUCAAGCAGAACCUGCUCACGCACCAGCGCAUCCACAGCGGCGAGAAGCCGCACCAGUGCGCACAGUGCGGCCGCUGCUUCCGCGAGCCGCGCUUCCUGCUCAACCACCAGCGCACCCACGCGCGCAUGCCCGCGCCGCACCCGCGCCGCCCCGGAGUGUUCGGGGAGCGGCGGCCCUACUUCUGUGCGCGCUGCGGCAAGAGCUUCGCGCGCGAGGGCUCGCUCAAGACCCACCAGCGCAGCCAUGGCCACGGCCCCGACGGCCAGGCGGCCCAUUUAGGCCGCGUGCUAUGAUGCGCUCCGGACCUGCCGCCGCAGCCAGUGUCCUGCCCCAGGGCCGCGCCCGGGACUCCUGGAGCCGGCGUGGGGCUGCGGCCCGUGUUCUGGAUGCGAUCCCCGGAGACCAGGAGGGCGGGCUUGGGGUCUUGAAAGAGUGGGCCGUGGCCCGCCUUGGGCCACCUCCUCCCGAGUCUUCUCCACCCUCCGGCUGGCCACCCACAGCUGCCCCCGCGCUGGUUUUCGUCCUCAGGCUCACCCGGCCUAGAGUAGAUGUGGAUUGGGCAGGACCUCUGGGCAGUGUGUAAGGCACAUCUGGGCACAGAGACUAGGAAUGGGGCCCUACGGGGGCCUGCCCGCUGGCAUGAGGACACGUCCCUAAGAAGACCUACCUCGGGAGGUGCCCUGCAGAGGGGACCCGUGCAGCCUGGAAUUGGAGGCAGGUUCUGUGCCCUGGUGGAAAAUCCCCCCCUUCUCCGACCUGCUGGGAGUCACGGCCGAGAGAAGAGCUCGUCGUGGCUGCCUGGCCAUAGACUUCCACUGUCAUGUGGCAGCGGGGACAAUGCCUGUGUGGAGAGCCGGCUUCUCUGCGCCUGUCUGGCCCACCAGAGACAGGAAGUAACUGGCCUAAGAGAACACAGCAAGUCGGUAGCAGACCUGGCUCUAGAGGCAAAGCCUUCCCCCAGGUGUAAACCAUACCUGCAGGGUUCACUUGCCUUUAGAGCAAUGGUUCUUAAUACUUUGGGGGCACGAAGCCCUUUGAAAAUCUCACAAAUGUUAUGAACCUUCUCCCCAGGAAAACAUGCAUACCCACGUAGACACAAGAAUCUACAAGCAAUUUUAGAGCUCCCAGACUCCAGGCUGAGGUUCUUGGCCCCAGGACCUAACAUGCCACUCUUUCCUUACCUGACCGAGAGCCCAGAGUCUGGGCCACCAUACAAGUAGCAUUACUCCCUCCCCCCGGCUGAACUUCCUUCCCUCGUUCAGGAAUAAAGAAUUCUGAGUAGGGGACCCUUCUAGUCACUUUCUUCUCCAGGGCCUAACAGUGCAUCAGGCUUCUGGAACCUUUCCUCCCUCCCACAGGCCUUGCCAGAGGCUCUCUGGGUUGGGUUUGCUCUUCUCUGGCUUGGGGUGCUUGCUCUGGUUUUCACCACACAAGCUGC